AUGAGUAAACAGUCGCAAAUGACGAACUUUUUCAAACAACCGCACAAUACAUCGACUUCUGAUAAUCAAAACUCAAAUAUUACAAAAAAACAUAAUUUGGAUACUACUCAAAAUGUUGAUGAACCAUCACUCAAAAAGGUAAAAAUAUUAAAAUAUAAAGAUAGUUACAUUGAAUAUGGCUUUACAUACUUAAACGAGAAUGGAAAGGAUGUUCCUCAAUGUGUUAUUUGUGGUAUGACAUUUGCAAAUGCAUCACUAAAACCAAAUAAGCUCAUUAGGCACAUGGAAACUAGUCAUGCUCAGUAUAAAAAAUUAUUUAGUAAUGAGCACGUGACAAAGAUUAAAAAAAUACCUAUGUCUAAUGAUACGAUAAGUAGAAGAAUAAAUACUAUGUCUAAUGAUAUUGAAAAUCAGCUUAGUGAAAAAAUCAAAAAAUCAAUUUUUUACGCAAUACAGCUCGACGAAUCUACUGAUAUAAAUAAUGAAGCUAUAUUAUUGAUGUAUGUGAGUGCCGUAAACACUCGCAUUUUUAAAGUGAUGUGUGAAGAAAUGGGUUCAGGUUUUAAAAAUUUGCUAUUACACACUCAUGUUCGAUGGUUGUCGCGAGGAAAAGUUUUGACUAGGUUAUUUGAACUGAAAACGGAAGUAGAAGUAUUUUUGAGAGACAACAAAUCACCACUUAGUGAUUAUUUCGAAAAUAAUGUGUGGUUAGCCAAACUUGCAUAUCUUUCCGAUAUAUUUUCAAUUCUUAAUGAAUUAAAUAUAAGUAUGCAAGGUCCACAUACUAAUCUUUUUAUAUCGUACAAUAAAAUUGACGCAUUCCUAAAAAAAAUAAGACUAUGGACAAAUCGAAUAAAAAACUACACAUUUGAUAUGUUUCCAAAUUUUUUUAACAUGACUCAGGAAAAGAUAUUAACAAAAAAUGAAAUAAAUGAAAUGUGUAUUAUCAUAGAAGAACACUUAGGUAGAUUAAGAGAAAAAAUGUCCAAAUAUUUCGACCCCACAAAAGACAUUCGUAAAAAUUGUAAUUGGGUAAUAAAUCCAUUCGUACAAUCUGAUCAAAAUAUACUAUCAUUAACAAAUGAAGAAAAGUUGAUUGAAUUGAGUGCAGAUGUGGGCUUACACGAGAUUUUCAGAAGCAACAAAAAUAUAGGUCAAUUUUGGAUAAAGGUUCAAAAUGAAUAUCCUAGUUUGGCUGAAGAAGCAUUAAAAUUACUUAUUCCAUUUUCUACUACAUAUUUGUGUGAAAAUGGUUUUUCCACAUUAACAACAAUAAAAAAUAAAACUAGAAACCGUCUGGAAAUUUCAUCGGCUAUGAGAAUUAGCUUGACGAAGUCAAUUAAACCAAGAAUUGACGAAAUAAUAUCACAUCAACAGCAACAACCAAGCCAUUAA